GGCUGCCAGAGCAGUGGAAAAAUUGGGGAAAGUGUUGGAACGCGUUGAAGAAAAGUUCAAUAGUUAAUUUCAUAAAAAGUAAAUAUUCGAAAUAAAAUUAUUGUGCACAAAUUAAAAUAAAAUUCUGCAAGGAGUAUUCAGUGCGAAAUCGAAAAUUUUAAUUUCAGUAGUAACACGCAGCCGCCGCCAGUCGACAAUAAAUUUUAUCUAAUAUCAUCAUUAUUUGGAAUAAUUUUUUGAACAGAAAAUUGCUUAAAACACGCAUUGUCACUUACAAAUUGAGAUAUAGCAAACACAAAAGGGUUCAACAGACAAGCAAACAACAAAUAUAAUAACUACUUCGAACGUUCCAAAGAGUCACCCAGUCAAUAAAAAUUAAUAUAAUAAUAAAUGAUAAAUAUGGAUAUAAGCGUAACACCGAAUUAUUCAUACAUUUUCGAUUUCGAAAAUGAUUUUAUCCACCAACGCACACGCAAAUGGAUGGUCGAGAAUUGGACCUGGGUGUUUUACUAUUGUGGCAUUUAUAUGUUGGUGAUAUUUGGCGGGCAGCACUUUAUGCAAAAUCGUCCCAGAUUCCAACUGCGCGGCCCAUUAAUUAUCUGGAAUACAAUGCUGGCCAUGUUCAGUAUUAUGGGCGCUUUCAGAACGGCACCAGAGCUCUUGCAUGUGCUACGUCAUUAUGGAAUUUUCCAUUCCGUUUGCGUUCCUAGCUACAUCGAGCAAGAUCGCGUAUGCGGUUUCUGGACCUGGUUAUUUGUCCUCUCCAAACUGCCUGAGCUGGGUGAUACAAUUUUCAUUGUAUUGCGAAAGCAGCCACUUAUUUUCCUGCACUGGUACCAUCACAUCACCGUACUCAUCUACUCCUGGUUCUCGUACACAGAGUACACUUCAUCGGCGCGUUGGUUCAUCGUAAUGAAUUACUGCGUACACUCGGUGAUGUACUCAUAUUAUGCGCUAAAGGCCGCGCGUUUCAAUCCACCUCGUUUUAUUGCUAUGAUCAUCACUUCGCUACAACUGACACAGAUGAUUGUCGGCUGUGCUAUUAAUGUGUGGGCCAACGGUUUUCUCAAGACACACGGCCGCCAAUCGUGCAACAUCUCUCAAACGAACAUCAACCUCUCGAUAGCGAUGUACUUCAGCUACUUUGUGCUGUUCGCACGCUUCUUCUACAAGACAUACUUGUCGCCAGCAGGCAAAAAGAGUCGCCGCAUGGCAGCAUCGCUGGCAGCACAAAAUACCGCCAAAUUGUCAUCAUCCACCACUACCUUGUCAACGCCACUGCUGUCCGAGAACGGCAACAGUGCAACGAACGGCGGUGCCAUCAACGGUGCAGCGUUACUGCGGAAGCCAAAAGUGCAGUAAGCAGCGGCAACGGUGAUAGAAAAUGUUAUAUUGUAUUUUUGGUGGGGCGUUUCAGCGGGUGCCGUAAGAUUAGUCAGAGAUUGAAAUGUAGUGUUUUUUUUUUUUUGUUUAAUUCGAGCAAAGUAUAAGUCAAAAGUUAGUAGUCAAGUAGUCAGUUUGAUGAAGAUUGGGUCAAAACGUAAACGUAGUUGUAAUGGAUGAAGAGACGAUGGAGGAAACGGAGCGCAAUUCUUUAAACAAAAUAGCCUGGAAACUAAUUGAGUUUGUUGUAUACAUUAAAGCAUAAAAACAAAUUUGUAAUGAAUGAUUUUUGAGCAUUUUUAAUCCUAAAUAUGUAUUUGUAAUGAGUGUGAAUACAAAGGAAAAACAAAAAACAUUUAAAAAAACAUGAAAUUGUAAUUUGCACAGUUUCUCGAAACAUUUUCCUCAAGUCGUAUUAGGUAUUUUAUAUAUAUAUGUAUGUACUUUAUAUAUGUA